GAGCAGAGGUGGGGGGGGGGUCACAUACUGGGAUGUGAGGGGGAGUUCAUGGAUCUGCUGGACCAGCUUUUUGUAUGUAUGACAGUGACAGACUGAGGAAACAGAGGGAAUGACUGUUUGACUCUCAGAUGCCAUCCUGGGCCAUUUGCUGUUUGGCAUGCUCCAUCUCCCUGCCAGGACAGUCUCUCUCUCCCUCUCUCUGUCUCUCUUUCCUCCCUCGGCCCUGCUAGCUGCUGGUUAACGCAGGCUGUGAGGAGACAGUUGAGCUCCGUGGUACCCGCCACCUCCUCACUUCCCAGCAUUCCCUGCCUGGGAUCCCUGUGGCCUUGAAACAAUCCAUUGACCUACGUACUUCCAUGGAUGGGAAAUACAAGGAGAUUGCCGAAGAGCUGUUCUCACGCAGCCUGGCAGAGAGUGAGAUGCGGAGCGCCCCCUAUGAGUUUCCAGAGGACAGCCCCAUUGAACAGCUGGAGGAGAAACGGCAUCGCCUUGAACGACAGAUCAGCCAGGAUAUCAAGUUUGAACCAGACAUCCUCCUGCGAGCCAAACAGGAGUUCAUGAAGACUGACAGUGCCACAGAUCUUGAAUACAUGAAGGAGCAGAGCCAAAUUCCUGACCUGCAGGAGAGAGAACCAGUCCCAGAGAGGGAGUAUCAGCGAGUCACUAUUUCUGGAGAGGAGAAAUGUGGGGUUCCAUUUACAGAUCUGCUGGAUGCUGCCAAAUGUGUGGUGAAGGCUCUGUUCAUUAGGGAAAAGUACAUGGGUCUAUCGCUGCAGAGCUUCUGCAGAACCACUGCUCGUUACCUGCAGGAGCUGAGUGAGAGACCCCUGGACUUAGAUAUCUACGAGGAGGAGAUCCCAGAAACCACAGACACUGCAGAUGCCACCGUGCACCCACCUGUUUCUGAAACGCACCCCUACGAAAACCUGGACCCCGCCAGCAUGUCCCCUGAUAUGGGUUACGGCUGUAAGAUGGUUGAUGGUGUCAUGCAUGUGUACACAACGAGAAACAUUAUGGACAAGACCACAGAGCUGGACCUGCCGUAUCCAGACCUGCAGGAGUACAUCGCUGAUAUGAACGUCAUGAUGGCCCUCAUUAUCAACGGGCCAGUAAAGUCCUUCUGCUAUAGACGUCUGCAGUAUCUCAGCUCCAAAUUCCAGAUGCACAUCCUGCUCAAUGAGAUGAAAGAGCUGGCAGCACAGAAGAAAGUCCCACACAGAGACUUUUAUAAUAUCCGUAAGGUCGACACGCACAUUCAUGCUUCCUCUUGCAUGAACCAGAAGCACCUUCUACGUUUUAUCAAAAGAGCCAUGAAGAAGUAUCCCAAAGACAUUGUACACAUGGAAAGAGGCAAGGGUCAGACGCUCAUGGAGGUGUUUGAGAGCAUGAACCUUACAGCCUUUGACCUAAGUGUUGACACACUGGACAUGCAUGCAGAUCGUAACACUUUCCAUCGAUUUGACAAAUUCAAUGCCAAAUACAAUCCGAUUGGUGAGUCCAUCCUGAGAGAGAUCUUCAUCAAAACGGACAACUACAUUGAGGGGAAAUACUUUGGUCAUAUUAUUAAGGAGGUGAUGGCCGACUUGGAGGAGAGCAAAUACCAGAACGUGGAGCUCAGGCUGUCAAUCUACGGCCGCUCCAGAAACGAGUGGGACAAACUGGCCAAAUGGGCAGUCAAACAUCAGGUCUACUCCGACAAUGUGCGCUGGCUUGUCCAAAUGCCACGACUCUUUGACGUUUACCACACAAAGAAACAACUGUGCAACUUCCAAGAAAUGCUGGAGAAUAUCUUCAUGCCUCUGUUUGAGGUUACGGUCGACCCCAGCAGCCACCCAGAGCUGCACCUUUUCCUUCAGCACGUUGUGGGGUUCGACAGUGUGGAUGAUGAAUCAAAACCAGAGCAACAUAUCUUCAACCUGGACAGUCCGCUGCCAGUCAACUGGACAGAGGAGGACAACCCACCCUAUUCCUAUUACCUCUACUAUAUGUAUGCAAACAUGACUGUGCUGAAUCACCUGCGCAGGCAGCAGGGGUUCCACACUCUUGUACUACGCCCUCACUGUGGCGAGGCGGGGCCGAUCCAUCACCUGGUAUCUGGUUUCAUGCUGUCAGAGAAUAUCUCCCAUGGGCUGCUGCUCAGGAAGGCUCCUGUGCUGCAGUAUCUGUACUAUUUGGCCCAGGUAGGCAUCGCCAUGUCUCCUCUCAGCAAUAACAGCCUGUUCCUCAGCUAUCAUCGUAACCCUCUGCCAGAGUACCUGUCCAGAGGCCUCAUGGUGUCUCUGUCUACAGAUGACCCUCUGCAGUUUCACUUUACCAAGGAGCCCUUGAUGGAAGAGUACAGCAUUGCUGCUCAAGUAUGGAAACUGAGCUCCUGUGACAUGUGUGAGCUUGCUAGAAACAGUGUAUUGAUGAGUGGAUUUUCUCACAAGGCGAAGAGUUACUGGCUGGGCCCAAACUACAUUAAGGAGGGGCAAGAGGGCAACGACAUCAGGCGAACCAACGUUCCUGACAUUCGCGUGGCGUACCGAUAUGAGACCAUGUGUGAGGAGCUGAAUUUAAUCACACAGGCCAUUCACACAGAUGAGUUGGAGACCAUCAGAGAGGAGGAAAGCCUUUGUAUGGGAGCUGUGCAGGCAGAGAAAUAAUUGUGCUGCACAACACAAACAAAAUUCUCACAACAUUCCCCAUUUUCAAAUCAGGACAUUGCAUAGAUUUGCAUAUAAUCAUAUCACAUCAUGUAAAAAGAGAAAUGAGAGCUGCUUGUGGCCAAUAUGAGAGAGAAGUUACAGUCUGUGUACCCGAGGUGUUUGCUUUUUUAGUUUUUUUGAGUUCCUCUUUCUUUAUUUUAUCACAGUAAUUAUGAUAUCAUAAUGUCUCUAGUUCUUUAUUUGGAUUUUUUUUAAUGGUUUGUGACCAUAUUGUAUCGUAUCAUAUUUACAUAUAUGCACAAUGUGAUUUCUUUUUGUAUCAGAUUUGAGUAAUAUUCACAUUUAAAUUUUAAUCUAUUAAUAAUUCAAGUACACAGGAUCCAGCAUCAGCUGAUUUAAGAAAGAAGACAAUCCAGAACAACUGUGCAAAAAGACGAGCUUCUAACUGCAUGCAGGUCUAGAGCUGCCACAAAGGACUCUGGUGUCUGGGACUUUUUGAGUCUUUUCUUGGAACAUUAGCAAACCAUGGUCAACAGGUUUGAGCAUUUAUAAUCAGCUUACUGUUACCAAAGUGGCUUAAUCUAAUAUCAAGAGGAGAGCACACAAAGAUUUUCAAUGGCCCAUUCAGUUUGUUUAAUUAGAAAUUAAGGUGGGGUGUUCAAGGCAGGGGUUAUAAUGGAUGAUGGGAAAUGUACAUAAGAGUGUUGCGUAAGCAUGCCAAGCAAAGUAAACUAAAGUUGCAGAGACUUGAAAGACUUCCCAGAGCAAGAGAGAGAGUACAGUGAGCAAGCAGGUUUUUAUAAUCUGAAAUAACUUAAACCUGUAAGGUGCAUCCACUUAUCUGACAUCAAAUAAACAAACAAACAAAAAAAAUCAAAGCAGGUUACAGCACUUUUAAAGUACUUCAGUCUUUACAACUGGUAUUAUUUUCCUUCCAAGUUGUAAAAGUCUAUCUUUGGAUAAAGACAAGCUCUUGAAAAAUCAAGUGAUUUGACAGUGACUUGGUUAAAACUGGUAAACUGAUUAGAAUUUGGUGGUGAAACAUGAAAGAAGUGCUAUUCUUAUGAAAUGAUGACACCAGAGUUUGGUGCUCACCCCUGUACAACUUUUUACCUUUUAUGCUAAUUCCAAGAAAAACAGAGCCAACGUUGGUUAGUUAUUUUUCGACGUUCUAGAGGCCUGAAUGCUACUUCAGACACAUAUUUCUCUCUGCACACAUUCACAUUAUAAGUAAAAACAAAUUAUGCAGCCAUAAAGUGUAGCUUGUGUAACAGCUUGGGCCGCAACAGUCAUAUCCUUUUUAGGAACAGGUGACUGGUUUUGACUAAAUGGUGUUACUUGUGUUUCCAAUCACACUAAAUUGCACAUUGUUGCAUUAUUUGAGAAUUUUUUUUAUUAUAGUUGUGCAACCUGGUUAAAUAAUUCUAGUUUCUGACUUUCUGAACAACUCCACACACUUAUUAAUGGACUGAUGAAUAGCUGUUUGUACCCAGCCUUACAGUUUCAUACAUAUAUUCUAAGACUAAGAAGCAGCACUUAAACAGUUUCAUGUACGUGCACCUAAAACUAUGUGGAGAGUCUUCGCUGCUCUGGAGAGAAGCAAUACUGUGUUGGUCUGAAUAAGAGUGCAGAAUAUUGUCUGUUAUGGGACUAGAAAAUCAGAUGUUUUGAUAUUACUUUUGACUGAAGUGUUCAUCAGCAAAUUAUUUGUAGUUGCUAGUCUAGCCAGUGUUUUUGAUGUGUUUAAAGUGAGUCUUUUAGAGUUUUGUUAAAGGUUUUUGGUAAAGCGAGUGCCACCUGCUCCUUCAACCUUUUUAUUUGCAUGAAGAAAAUAAACUUGCGUGGAGCCGGGACAAACUAAAACGCUAACACACCCAGUCCGGAAUUAACAACCAUCUAAAUAAAAAUAGCAUUUAUUGUUUAAUAUGAUACAUUUUUGGUGCUGUGGAGAAAGAUGUAUAAAGCGGGACAAUCUGUGGUUCUGAACUUUUAGUUAAGGCCCUGAUUUACCCAAUCAUGAGUUUUGUUGCAAAACUGGUUCGAUAACCAAUCAAACAGCCUUUUAAGAACAUCUGCAGUCGAAAUGAGACCGUGGUUGAAUUGUUGUGAGUAUAUAGUCGGUAUUAUCCACAGGACCUCAUCCAGUGCAACUAGCUGAAUAUCUCUGUUUUCAGUAUUCUUCAGAUAUUCUUGCUGGGGUUUUUUUUGUUGUUUUUUAGCUCAAUGCAGUGAGGGCACGUCAGUAUUACUGUUUGUUUGCAGUGAUGCUACUCAUUUGCAUUAUACUCCUAGUUUGUGACAUUGUUACUGGCAGUCUAAACUUAACUAUGGUACCAUCUGUCCUUUUACAUGACGAUACAGUAUUUCUGAGUAACAGUACAGUGAGUGAUGCAUGCUGAUCCACUCCUUCAGUGUUCAGUCCUUGCAUAAAUUCAACUGGUGCCAAAUCAAUAAAUAAUCUUUUUUUUAAUACAAUUUCUUUUUUGAGUCCUCUUGUCAUCAAUAGGCUGCUAGUUGCUAUUUCAAAAGCACCGCAUGUCCUCCCAGAGAAAUGUAUGUGCUGUUUGUAAAAACUUCUGUAAUGCUGUUUGUGUCUGUAAAAAAAAUAAAUCUUAUUCACCUUGGA